AUGCGCAUGGCCGGGCCACAGCUGUUGCUCAGAUUAUGCUGGUGCUGCCUUUUAAUCACCUCAACUCUCGCCCAGAAAAAGGAGAAGCCGACCCGAAGUGUCGUGAUAACGGCUGAGGAGGAGAAGUUUCGAGAUGUUGCCGGAUACGCGGCAAUAUCGGAUAUACAUCGUGAGAUGGAUGAUGAUCAAUCGGGGAGUAUUGAUCGGGCUGAAAGUACGGGUUUCAUGACCGAAGACAUGAACAUGAGAGGAUCAGAUGCGAGGAGGAGAGAAACAAGGUUCCACGGCGAAGAUGACGCCAUCACGAUAGAUGAUCUGUGGGAAGCGUGGUUUGAGAGUGAGGAGAGAGCAUGGACCACGCAGCAGGUUGUCGACUGGAUGGUGAACGUCGUCAACCUACCCCAAUACGCCGACACUCUACUGCAUCUGAAAAUCGACGGUCGACAUUUGCCAAGACUUGCCGUCCACAACUCUUCCUUCAUGACAAAUACACUCAAUAUAAAAUCAUCAGUCCAUCGCCAAAAGCUACGACUGAAUGCCCUUGACGUUGUGCUUUUUGGAGUCCGAGAUACCUCGAAUAGAUAUAAGGACUUGGCGUUAGCAUUUAUGUUGAUCCUCUUCACCACCCUCCUUGUCGUCUUCCUACGUCAGAAAAGAAAAGCGACCGAAAAGCUGCAACUUCUCAAUGAGCAGCUCCUUCAAUUGAAGACCAUGGAGACCGAGUUCGAAGAUGCUCAAAAGAAACUUGACGACGUCAGGAUAAAGCGAUCGUCGCAAGCCGACGGGGUCAGCCACGCGGAAAUGGAGUCGCUGAAAGAACAAUUGGAAGAGGCGCACAAAAGACUGGGAAACAUGGAAGUGAGUGGCUCUGCGACUCCUCUGGCGCUUCAACCGCUUCUCAGAAAAACCUGGGAAAUUGAACAGACCAUAUCUGAAUCGGAGAAACAAACAUGCAUCGAAGAGAUGAAAAUCGCUAUGGAGGAGAUCAACAACGUGGCAAAGCGUCAAGGCUCCUUGUUCAACUCGUUGAAACUCGCAACAGGCGCCAACACCGGCACGGACAAAGUCGAUUCUCAAAUCUACUUUAUCAAACAAAGAAUGGAACGAGUCCAACAAAGCACCCGCGAGAUGCAAGACAGAUGGUUGCAAAUCGAGUCCCUAUGUGGAUUCCCGGUUCUCUACACUAAUGAAAAGCCGACACGCCCGAAAUAUGAAGCCCCCGUCCGCGGAAGCCUCGCCUCAUCCGCUUCAGCCCAGUUCUACCGUUCAGAAGGCUCAACGGGGAGCUCGAAAUCGCUCACCUCUCCGGCGUCGGUGACCGCCGCUAACAAGUCGAUACCCCAGCAUCCGUCUGUCUCGAAUUUAACAGGUAACGCAAACUCAACGGCACGUGGAGUCCCGACUUUCUAUGCAAAGUCCAAGGACGAUUAUCCCGAAAUGUACGCGAGCAACAGCACAUUACCGGAUUCCGCUUCCCUUGCCGGAACGACAACAACCGGUGGUACUCUCCGGAAAGAAAAGGAAAAGAAGAAAAAGCUCUUCGGGCUUUUCAAGAAAAGCUCAAGCAAAUCCAACAGCAACGGCUCAUUUCCGGAAAGCACC